AUGUGGUUCGGCGCCACCGGCCCCAUGCAGUACCUCGAGGGCUCCAUUCAGAAGCAGAGCCCGAACUUUCUGCGGACGCUGUUCGACAAGAGGAAACAAUCGCGGUUGUGCAUCCUGCGAGACGGGCAUUUCAUGUGGUGGGACGAGGCCGAGAUCGAGAAGAAGGGCGAGGCGAAGGGCUGCAUCAGCUUCAUCGUGCACCGCGCAGAGGUCUUCGCGGGCUCGGACCCCAACAUCUUCGGGAUCCGGCCCCAGAGCGGCAGGCAGUGGAAGCACACGGAGGAGAAGGCGUUCACCGGCAAGCCGGAUCGCGAGUUCCUUUUCGACGCCGAGGGGGGCGAGAUCACGCGCGACCAGUGGGUGGAGGCGAUAGAGGUGCACAUCGCAUUCGGCGACGGCAUCGACAGGGAGCUCGGCGAGGACAAGUGCCAUGCGAUCGUCAAGACUGCCAAGCCCACGCUGAAGGACGUCGAGGCGUGA